CGCGGGCCGACCCUGGGGCUGCGCGCUGGGGCCCGAGCGGCCAGAGCGUCGGCGCCACCGCCUAGUGCACACCUCCGCCGCCGAGCUGAGCUGAGGCGAACCGAGCCGGGCCGGGUCGUCGGGUCUGACUGCGCCAAGCACCCGGGGGCCGCAGCGGUGCCCUAGGGCCAGGUGCCACUGGCCACUGUUCAGGCAGGGGUGUGCAAGCCAAGGAAGGAUGAGGACCCUGGAAGACUCCUCGGGGACAGUCCUGCACCGCCUCAUCCAGGAGCAGCUGCGCUAUGGCAACCUGACUGAGACACGCACACUGCUGGCCAUCCAGCAGCAAGCCCUGCGGGGUGGGGCUGGGGCUGGGAGCACAGGGAGCCCCCAAGCCUCCGUGGAAAUCUUGGCACCCGAGGACACUCAGGUGCUACAGCAGGCCACAAGGCAGGAGCCCCAGGGCCAGGAGCACCAGGGCGGUGAGACCCACCUGGCAGAGAACACCCUCUACCGGCUGUGCCCACAGCCCAGCAAGGGUGAGGAGCUGCCCACCUAUGAAGAAGCUAAAGCCCAUUCACAGUACUAUGCAGCCCAUCAGGCAGGGCCCCGGCCACAUGCGGGGGAACGGGAUCCCCGAGGGGCCUCAGGCGGCAAUCGGAGUCAGGAUGAGGCGCUGCGGGAGCUGAGGCAUGGGCAUGUACGCUCCCUGAGUGAACGGCUCCUGCAGCUGUCCCUGGAGAGGAACGGUGCCCGGGCUCCCAGCCACAUGAGCUCCUCCCACAGCUUCCCGCAGCUGGCCCGCAAUCAGCUAGGCCCCCCACUCAGGGGCCCCCCUGCCGAGGGCCCAGAGCCCCGCGGACCUCCGCCUCAGUACCCACACGUUGUGCUAGCUCAUGAGACUGCCACUGCUGUCACCGACCCACGGUACCGCACCCGCGGGAGCCCACACUUCCAGCAUGCUGAAGUCAGGAUCCUGCAGGCGCAGGUGCCCCCUGUGUUCCUCCAGCAGCAACAGCAGUACCAGUACCUGCAGCAGGCCCAGGAGCACCCCCUGCCACCACACCCAGCGGCCCUCAGCCAUGGCGCCCUAGGCUCCCUCGGUCCACCGGAGGUGGAGGGGCCGGCAGGCAGCCAGGCCUCCUCAGCCCCCUCGGGCAGCGCCCACCUGGCCCAGAUGGAGGCCGUGCUGAGGGAGAAUGCCAGGCUGCAGAGGGACAACGAGAGGCUGCAGAGGGAGCUGGAGAGCUCAGCAGAGAAGGCGGGCCGCAUUGAGAAGCUGGAAAGUGAAAUCCAGCGGCUCUCUGAGGCCCAUGAGAGCCUGACGAGAGCCUCUAACAAGCGGGAGGCCCUGGAGAAGACCAUGCGGAACAAAAUGGACAGUGAAAUGAGGAGGCUACAGGACUUCAACAGGGAUCUCCGAGAGAGAUUGGAAUCCGCAAACCGCCGCCUGGCAACCAAGACACAGGAGGCCCAGGCAGGCAGUCAGGACAUGGUGGCCAAGCUGCUUGCUCAGAGCUAUGAGCAGCAGCAGGAGCAGGAGAAGCUGGAGCGGGAGAUGGCCCUGCUGCGCGGCGCCAUCGAGGACCAGCGGCGGCGGGCGGAGCUGCUGGAGCAGGCUCUGAGCAAUGCACAGGGCCGGGCUGCACGAGCCGAGGAGGAGCUGCGCAAGAAGCAGGCCUACGUGGAGAAGGUGGAGCGGCUGCAGCAGGCCCUCGGGCAGCUGCAGGCCGCCUGUGAGAAGCGGGAGCUGCUGGAGCUACGUCUGCGGACACGCCUAGAGCAGGAACUUAAGGCCCUGCGUGCACAGCAGAGACAGGCAGGCACCCCCACUGGUGGCAGUGGCAGUAGUGGGUCCCCGGAGCUCAGUGCCCUGCGGCUGUCAGAACAACUGCGGGAGAAAGAGGAGCAGAUCCUGGCACUGGAGGCUGAUAUGACCAAGUGGGAGCAGAAGUAUUUGGAGGAGCGUGCCAUGAGGCAGUUUGCCAUGGAUGCUGCCGCCACAGCUGCCGCCCAGCGCGACACCACUCUCAUCCGGCACUCCCCCCAGCCUUCGCCCAGCAGCAGCUUCAAUGAGGGCCUGCUCACCGGUGGCCACCGGCAUCAGGAGAUGGAAAGCAGGCUGAAGGUGCUCCAUGCCCAGAUCCUGGAGAAGGAUGCAGUGAUCAAGGUCCUUCAGCAGCGCUCCAGGAAAGACCCUGGAAAGGCCACCCAGGGCUCCCUGAGGCCCGCCAAGUCCGUGCCAUCUGUCUUCGUGGCUGCAGCGGCAGGGAACCAGGGCUGGCAAGGUCCCUCUUCUAGUGAGCGGCAGGUGGAUGCCCCUGCCCGGCUGGCUGCAGCAGACAGGGUCCCUGAGGAGGAGCCAGUGGCCGCAGCUCCCCUCCCUGCCCAUGCCAAACACGGGAGCAGAGAUGGGAGCACCCAGACCGAUGCGCCCCCCGACAGCACUGCCGCUUGCUUGGGACUGGAGCCCGACAGCCUCCUGGGGUACAGCGGUGGCCAGAGGACAGCCUCACUGGACUCUGUUGCUACCUCCAGAGUCCAGGACUUGUCAGACAUGGUGGAGAUACUGAUCUGAAGGAGGUCGUGCUUGGGGACUCCAAACCAAUCCCUGUCUCCUGCCCUCUCGGCCAUUCCAGCAGCCCCUCCAACUGCUGCUGCCCCACUUUCCCCAACCAGGCACUCAUUCCCAUUGACUAUCUGGUGCCGGGGGCUUAGGAAGGAAGCUGCAGGGGUGAGGGGAGCACCUGCACCCAGAAGACCCUGCUUCUCUCAGCCCCACUUCCCUCCUGGGCCCACGCAGAAUGAGGAUUCCCAGGCUUACUGUUGGGGUAGCAACUGGAAGCCCAGAAGGGAGCUGAGCCCUCUUUGGACCUUGGCACUGAGGCAGGAGGGAAGACAUCUCUUGGUCUGAAGGGCUGAUUUCCAAGGAUGGUUGCCCUGGACACCAGUAAGAAGUCAGCUGUGCUGUCCCCCUGCAGCUAGGUGUGGCCCCUGCCAACCUCCUCGGCUCAUCAGCUCCUCGCUGCCUCCUUGAGAUCACCGAGACUUCGCAUCUUUUGGGGACUGUUGAGGGUGUUAGUCCUGCAGAAGCCACAGCCUUGCCCCCUCAGUUGGAGUGGGUAGGGGCCAUUUAAGUGGACUGGGAUAAGCUGUGCAGUAUGUAUAUAAUCCCCUUUCUUGUGGAACAGAAGACUGAAGCGUGCCACUUCAGAUUUGUCCCCUCUCUGUUCCCCUGUCCCUGCUGCCAUGGUUCUUGUAACUGUCAACCGGCCUCCCAGCUCUCUCCCCUUCUCAAGUUCUUGGCCCACGGAUUUUGAUACUGGUUGAUCCACAUGACAUUGGCUGUCUUUUUUCCACCUUGAGCCCUGUUUUAAAUGCCCAUGGAAUCCUAUCACCAGCCUCCUGAAACGGCUCCACCGCUCCUGUCCCUAGGACAUCUUAUCAGUUUGGUUAUGAGCCCUGAGCCAGAUGAGAUGAGCCACCACACACACACACAGACAUCUGCCAUGGGGGGCUUUCCAGCUCCAAUUCUCUUGAAGGGAACUGGAGAAGCUGCCUUGUUCUCAUCAGUCUUUGUUCCCUCCUGGAGGGAGUGGAAGUGGGAGUAUGCUGGUGCAAACGAGUCUGUGUGCUACAAGAUGUGACUCAGAUGGUCUUCUGAAUGGAGCCCCCAUCACAAAAUGGCACCCGUGAGGCUGGCUCCUCAAGCUACCAGCGAGCAGCGCCCUGAAAAGUAGGGCUAGUGCUUUGGAAUUAGAGUGAAGCAUCCACAUGACAGCCUGCUGGCAGCAGUGACUUUGACCUCUGGUCUUACAGAAUCCCCCAGCUCAGCCCCAGGACCCCUCAGUGGGUUUUAGUAGUUUGUCUUGACUGUUUUUAGUUUCCUUGAAUCUUUGUUUUUUUCCUUUACUGUUUUUAGGUUCGGUAUGUGUUCUUUUAUUCCCGUGAUUCCUCAAGUUUCCUUUUUAAACAUUUGCAUUUGCUGGACAAUUGCAUAUUUUUUUACAUCCCCCUACCCUUUAAAGCUGAAAAUUACAUUUGGUUCAUGUGCAUUGUUUACAAAGCAAAAAGGAAAAAAGAAAAAAAAAAGGCAAAAAAAUAUUGUGAAAGAAAAAAAAACAACUUAAUAUAUUUUGGAUUAAUAUUUGGUAUUUCUUUUAAAGUAUUUUUUGUGCUGUGAACAUUUUCUGCCAAAGACCAUGAUGUGUGUCUGUAUGUUUAAGUUAUCGUAAAUAUUUAAAAUGUAAACAUGGCUGUUUUGUUAUGCCACCCUGUACUGGGAUUGCUGCUGCAUUCCACUGGGUAUAACAGUAUUUUAAUAAAAAAAUAAUAAUAAUUAAAA